GUUCUCUUUCUGCUGGUGCUGUUUUGGUUUUAGUGCAAUUAUCCACUCAAGAACGCACCGAAACCCGAUGCACCUGCCCCGUGCUCCGAGUGUGGGAGUGCCCAGUGCCAGUUUCAUUUAUAAAACUAUGAGUUUCGCACGGCUUCCAGCGCAGCUGACCGCCUGACCGAUCAGAGUCGCACGCCCCCUUCUGUUUGCCCCCUCGCGCCUCGCGAUCUAUUUGCGUUUCGUGUCCAUCGCUUCGAAUCGCCUCAUUUGCAUACAACUCACUACGUCUUUACGUCACAACUCUUUAUAAGGAGAAGGAGGAGGAGUAGGAGGACUGGAACACGCCCGUUCUCGGAGGAUAUCGUAGUAUUAGCCCGACCUGUUUCGAAUCCAGAAUGUGGAAGUGCCACAAGUGCGGCAAACCCGUUUACUUCGCGGAACGUAAACAAUCGCUCGGCUACGACUGGCAUCCGGAAUGUUUGCGCUGCGAGGAAUGCGGCAAGCGUCUGAAUCCCGGCCAGCAUGCCGAGCACAAAAGUGUGCCCUACUGCCAUGUGCCCUGCUACGGAGCCCUCUUUGGACCCCAGUUGUUUGGCCAUGGCACCCGGGUGGAGUCCCACAAGAGCUACGGGCUGAAGGGCGCCCAGAAGCCAGCUGGAGCUCAGGCCAAUGGCCCCACACUGCCGCGUGAUCACCUGGAGUCCAAGCUAAAGGUCUACAACCAAUUCUACGACAACAAAAGCCUGGAGAUACGCAGUCGCGAGGUCAACAACCGCUUGGUGCUGGAAGGAGCCCUUCGAGUUUACUGGGGCGUUCAGGGAGUGAUUCACCUCAAGGAGGACGACGAUCAGCGUAUCUUAGUGCGCAAGAGGAACUCCUGUCGCGUCUCCAAGGCUGCCGAUGAAAGCAGUUCGGACAAGGAGAAUGAGGCCAGCGAGUCCUUGGCUCCGCCUACAACCACCACUGGAGAGGUGGACCAGCUUUCCACGGAUGUCUCUCUUUCCGAGAGCAUGACUUUUGAUUCCUGCAGCCUUAACGAGAUCUCUGAGCUGCCCACUACCCCAGAAGAUGCCUCGGCCAACACCACAGCCAACAGCAAAGAAGUGACCAAUGGCAAGGUUUCCAACGACGACGAGGAUACGACCACGACGGACUCCUCCGGCACUUUGGUGGAGGCCCCAACGGCCAGCACAAGUUGUGUGUCCAGCACUCUGCCUUCCAAGCUGGACCAUCUCGAGAAGCUGGACUGGGACGACAUCGAUGAUCUGCUGCAGGUGGAGAGACGUCACAAUGAGAAGGAUCGCAUCUACGAAACCAUGCCGGUCAAACUUCCGUCGUCGCAGUCCUCUAGUGACAGUUCGCCAAGCAAAACGUCCACGGAAACCACGACCACAACAGAAUCCAGCUCAACUCAAUCGGCCACGACCAACAGCAGCAGCUCGGACAACUUUAUGACCGCCACGGGUUCGUUGACCGCCAAUACCAAUACGCAGAAUACCACAACGUUGUCUACCACUGAGACUUCGCUGGAUAAUUACGAUACUUGCGAUGAUACCACCCUGAAGCCCAUGGAUUUCGAGGACUUUAAGCGCAGUGUCCACCAGGACUAUGUGAAUGGGGCAAACUCCUUUAAGGAGCCCAACGAUGGCACCCUUAAGCGUAAUCAACCAAUAGAUCCCUCUCGCAUCCACGAUUCCCUCAAGCUGUACGGCGAGAAUUCCGUGAUGAGUAAAAGCUUUAACUGCGAACAUGCGUUGCGCUCCAUAGAUCCCGCUCUGAUUAACGACACCAUGAAUCUUCGCAGCAGUGUGGAUUCACCCCGUUCCGCGCAGCGUCAGUAUGCCUUGCAGAAGAGCGGAUCGGCCUCCGCAUCCACGGUGACCAGCAGGGACCAAAAGAAGCCAUAUCAACAGGGGCGGCAGCUGUUCGAGAAGGGCAUCAACCGCUCCAAGUCGGGACCCAGCUGCUUUGUGUACUCCGAUAGCGAUGAUGACGACGAGGCCACGCUGCGUCCUCAACGCCUGGCCACAAUGAGGCGCAGCGAUAUUCCUCCGCGGUACAUUAAAAUCCAGAUGGACUGCUAUCCCAAAGAAAAUGUGGCUGCCGGCAGCGAGGGUGAGUCAAGUCGUGCCGAUGCUCCGUCCAUUACGAGUGGAGCUGCUGCUGGCGAUGAACUUACGCAAACCGAGGAGCUUUACACUGCCAGCGAGGGUGUUGGAGAUCCAGACGGGGAUGGAUCGGCUGGCCUGCACGUGACGGAAGAUGGUGUGGUGCUGAGAAGACCACCGCGCACUGGAGCUGCAGCCAUCAAACGACGCAGUGGCAACCGUCGUUCUCGUACCAAGCUGAAACGUCGGUGCUCUAUCAACGGUCACUACUACAAUCGGGAGACGUCGUUUUUCACGCCUCCCUACGGUUCUCAAAUGUCUGUGUGGGUCUCCUCGAUGGUGACAACCACAGAGGUUAUUAACUUGGUGCUGGAGAAAUACAAGGUGGAUAGUUCGCCGGGAAACUUUUCCCUCUUCAUUGUGCGUGACAACGGCGAGCAGAAGCGUCUGAAGGAUGACGAGUAUCCUCUGAUAACGCGCGUCACUUUGGGACCUCAUGAGGAUGUGGCUCGUAUGUUUUUAGUGGACUCUCGCAAAACUGACGAAAUCAGUAAUGAAGUUGCUCAAUUUUUAAAUCUAUCGCUACCCGAGUGCCGUGCCAUUCUGGAGCGUUACGAUCAGGAGGUAGCCCGCGAAGUGGCCAAAAUAAAGGAAAGAUAUGCCGAAUUGCGUCGUCGGAUCGUGAGCCGCAUGGAAUCUCUCAAAGUGCAUUUGUAAACCGUAAACGGAAUCUCUGACACAAGAGCAAUUUUUAAUAGCCAUAAUAUGAAUGCGGCCAAAAAAGUGUCGGCAGCAGCACAGCUAAUAGUAUUCACGUUUUUAUACAAGAUAUAUAUUUUUAUGUAGGACUUAGAGAAAAUUACGAACUAGCAAGAUUAGGCGCCCAGUGAACAAAAAGCAGCUGCUGCACGUCGCAAAUACACAUAUAUAUACUUUACGUUUAGGGUUCGAUUCUUCCCAGCCGAAACUAACAAUCAUUUCCAGGCAUUUCCAUUCGUUUAGAAAGCGUUUAAGACUUGUAACUAACCAAAAAAUAAUUAUUAAUCCACCACAUUACCAUACCAUUUUUUGUUUUGUGUUUAUAAUCAAAAUAUGUGCUUUGUGCAGUCACGUUAAAAGCGGUGUCAUGUAUCUAUUGUACAAUGUUUAGCUUUUAAGCCGUGACACGGAGCACAGGUCCUGCUAGUAGCCAUUUUAUUGAGUCAUUGAACAAAUGUGUGAAAAUCAAUUUGAUUAGCAAUUGCAAUGCCUGCGAAAAAGAAAACAAUAACUGUACACAUACUACAUAUUGCAUAACAUGGACUUGUUGAUUGAAAAUCAUUUGGAAAUCCAAUAAAAUGUAAAGUUUUACAAGAGAA